UAGCAAGAGGACACAAGGAAACGAAAAAAUAAUUAUUGCUUAGGUGUGUUACUAAUCAGCAAACAUUGUUAUGUAUCUUGCAAAUGCACACUGCAAGCAGUCAACAAUGGGGGCACUGCCAGGAAUGAGCAAUCUUGUUCUACGCACAUGAAAAUUAAGCACGAAAUGUGGCAGAUAUUUCAAAGAGAGAAACAAAUCAACGUUGAUGGACCUUGAUUGUUCCUGGCCAAUUAGAAUGAGUUUUAUGGACAAUGAGAUCAUCGAUAAAUAGGCUUAUAUUCCAAAUGGACUGAACGUUAAAGACCCAUGUGAUGCCACUCAGAUAUGGAAAGGCGUUGGUCAUAUGGGACCACUGGGGUCUGGGCCGAGAAAUGCGUUUGGUGAAGACUUCAAACUAAAUGGUUUCCAAUGGACAACCGAUUUAUGCUGGAAGGAUUCUGACCAAGAUGGACGCUACAACGGAUAUGAGUUAGGUGACCCAUGGUGCUUAUGGACUCCUGGUAGCAAACAGGCGCUAUAUCCACCUCUCUCCCAUCCAGGAAUAUGUGAGCCGUGGGACAGCGAAACGUGUCAAAGCAGAAAUGGUUCACUGCAGUGUAACAACAAAUUGCCAGCUUGCGAUGGAAUAAAUGCAACAGAUGUUAAAAAUGUAACCCUGAGACUACCAUUGUCAUAUGUACCUGCUAGGCGAGUAUCUUACGUAUGUUCGCUAUUCAGUCUUCCAAGUGACGCAGAGUAUCACGUGAUUGCUGCCUUGCCAAUUAAAGACAACUCUCAGAUAUUACAUGGAAUUACUGUAUUCGGUUGUGAUCCCAGAAGGCAAUUCAAUAGAACAGACAGAGCAUAUCUUUGUAAUGGGAUACCAACAACUCCCUGUCAAGAAAUCAUUACAGGGUAUACAUCAGGCGUUCCCCAGACGUGUAUGCCAGCAGAAGCUGGAGUGAGAAUUGGCAUUAAAGGAUUUAAACAAGUCAUGAUAGCUUUUCAGUACUACAAUCCUACCCGCCGCCAAGGAUACACCGACAGUUCCGGGAUGACUUUAUAUUACACACCGAAGCUGAGGAGGUUUGAUGCAGGAGUUUCACCUUUGGAAGUGACACACUUUUCAGUACCACCAGGAAGAGAAUCUUAUGAAGUAGUGAGCGCAUGCCCAGGAGAUUGUACUGUUCUGCAGGUUGCAUCUCCAAUCUAUAUUAUACUUGGUAUGAAUCAUAUGCACAGGCUAGGUCGGAAACAAAGAAUAGAGAUUCACAGAGGUGGUAAACUGCAGCAAAUUGUCACAAAUGAUACUAAUUAUAAAGUUGUUCAUCCACAUUAUUUUUGGUAUAAACAACCGAUACAGUUAUUGCCAGGAGACAUGUUGAAAAUGACCUGUGAAUACAAUUCUACCUCAGAAAAUGAAACUGUAGAGUGGGAUGUGUCAUGGCGAGGAGAAAUGUGUAAAGGUUUACUUUUGUACUAUCCCAAACAAAGUUGGCCUUCACAUCACUGUCAGAAUUAUAGAUCCGUUCCUCUUUGCGAGAUUAUGAUCGAUGCUCCUGUCUUUGGAUGCCAUUUUCGGAGCUUUAUUUCUAAUUUAGCCACAACAAACCGCACGUUAGUAGAUACUGUAAUACGAAACUGCGGACAAGACAAAUCGUGCUCUCCUUUGUGUUUACGGAUGAUUGGCAAAGUAAGACAAGAUCCAUGUUUGCAAGGGGACAUAUACGAUCUAUGGAAAGAGACUAGACUAGUAAAAGCCAACACACAACUGAUGGCCUUGUACGAUGUUUUAACGAAGUGUGAGGAAUUUUACAAGGGACUAGUUCCAGAUACCAUUUUUUCUGAUGUAGGAACAGUUCUGUCGUGAUUUGGUUGACACUUUAUGUCUGGUGUAUAAAUCAAGUUUAAUGUAAAAUAAAAUGUGGGACAAAUAUUUUAAGUUAUGUCUAGAACUAUUGAAAAGUCAGAAGAUAUGUAAUAACCAAAAA